AUGUUUCCCUCACCACUUCUCCUGGGCUCUCCUGUGCGAGUCUUGACUCGAUCCGUCAAAUUCUCCACCUGGAAAAGAGCAGUGGCUUUAUGUCCAACCGAGCUUACACGCCAGCGUCAUCAGUAUAGUACAGCAACUACCGAAGUUCCUACUGAAGAAAUCUCUGAGUCUUCCGAACCACCAUUUAUUAGACCUAAUGGACGAGUACCGAGGAGCCCACCAAAGGAUCGGAUGUGGAACCGUGAGCUGGAUGAAAAACUCAGCGAACUCCGAGCAGUUGGUAAGACAUGGGACUAUAUAAGCUUGGUACUUAAGCGGCCUGCCUCUGCCUGCUCAGAUCGUUAUUUCAGUGCUCUUGAUCCUGAGCUCCAAAACUGGACACCCAGCAUGUUUGCCAAGCUUGAUCAGCUGGUGGAAGACGGUGAAUCAUGGCCAAAUAUUGCACGUGCCCUCAACUGUAAAGUCAUUGCUUGUCAACAUCAAUGGCGAACUCUUGGGCGAGGACAGUAUCGCGUUAAAGGAUUUCUUUCAGGGCAACGAGUCGUCAGAUGGUCAGAUGGAGAGAUCAAUUCAUUCUGGAAAGCCUGGAUAAAACAUGGUAUGGAUUGGGUAGAGAUCUCCAAGGAUGUUGAGACACGGACAGCAGGCGAAUGUAGUGAUGCAUUCAGAGGCUUGGCUGUAGCGGCUCUCAAAGAUAGUCCAGGAUGGGUCAAAUUGGAUGGCCAUACCUUUAUCAACGAUGCUAUCAGGGCUUCUCGUCAAAGGCUAAAGGCAGUGUUGAAUGAUGGUAGUGAUGAAGCAAUGGAGGGAUUACGGGGAAAAUCUCUAGAGUGGACUUCUGCUGACCAUGAGGCUCUUUUGGCGGCUGUCGAAAAACAUGGACUCUUUUCCGGCUGGUGUACUAUCCGAAAGCAAGUGAAGCCUCAUUUGAGUGACGAGCAAGUCGAAGCAGAAUACUAUCGACUCAGCGGAGUAGUUGAGGAAGGGGAAGUUUUGGAACAGUCAGAUCAAUUAAUCAAGAGGGUCAUGUGGGAUAAGGAUGAAGUUGAGCGAUUGAACAUGAUUUUGAUGAAAUACAGCUCAUUACCAGUCUGGAAAAAGGAGGCGAAGAAGCGUGGGAUCGAGCCGGCAAUAGAUGAUUAUGAAAAUCUUCUCAGGAAAAGGAAUCCAAGGUUAACAAAAAAAAUGAGAGCCAAAAAUGAAGAGGAUUGGCCAUGGACUGAUGAUAGAGUAAUGCGCCUGAAAAGACUCGUGGUUCAGCAGCGGCAUCAGGAAAAGCAUUCGCGUCGUCCUGUGGACUGGGAAUGGAUUGCUGACCAUAUCGGGCCUCACUUUGACCCCCAGAUGUGCAUCACCAAAUGGCAGGGAUUAUCAGACGAUAUAGAGAUCCAACCGACUACUGACCCAAAGCCUUGGACUAGUGAGGAUAUAGAUAUGUUAGAGAAAGGUCUGGAGAAAUAUGGGAAGGCUUGGACCUUGAUCCAGCAGGAUUACUUACCAGAACGUAGCACGGCUUCAAUUCGCCGGAAACUCAGCAAUCUCCAAGUCGCACGGGACCAAUUGGUGAAGGAACAAAAGGCGAUUGCCCGUCAGAAGAAAGUGUCCAAUAUUGAGGAAUAUAUCGAUCAAGCUUUGAAGGAGAACCCGUUUUACAUUUCAGCGCGACGGCUGGAAAAAGUCCUGGAGACUUUUGAGCAAGAGCACAAACGGAUUCGGGCUUUAUUUCCUAGGGGUCCAAAGAAGAAGAGCGCAGAUACAGAAAUUGAGGGCAGUGAGACAGACGAGGACAAGUAA